CACAACCCGUGGACCUCACAGCAAUCGGAGCAAUAGCCGGGGUUAAUGGUGCCCUCUCUUACCCACCCUCUCUCUUCCGCUGCACCUCAACCUCCGAUCGAGGAUGAGAGGGGACGGUCUAUGUAGGUCUUAUGCUGUUAAUGCUGCACCCACAGCCACUAGCAAUGUACAAGUAGGUCGCCUCGUCCCCUUCCCCCGAAGGUGUAUGGUGGAGUACGGAGUAGGUACGAGUACCUGAGAACCUUUGUUCCCUCAUCAUCAUAGAAAGGUGGCUGCCUCCCUCCCUCACAUCUCUCUCUCUCCUUCCUCCUCCCCCCUAUCAAUUGAUACUGCCUGCUGCACCAUAUAUUUUUACACCCCGCCAGAAACUUGCACAUCCAGCUACAUAGGGAUUGGAUAAUUCGCCCAUCAAAGGCAUCUGAGAGAGAGUCUCCACUUGCGAUUGAAGCCAGCGGGGUAAUAUCAGUCACCACCACGAACAAGCCACCCAAUUCAACCACCCGGAAAGAGGGACCACAGCAGAUUGAUUCCAAACACUCUCCGGAGCAUUUCCGCACUCAAAACCAACCCGCUGUCCACUUCCCAGUACAACAAAAUAAUCCAAAAAUCACCAUGUCUGAAGGCGCAGUGAAACCCGAGAACCCCGUUGUAGGGGAGGCUCAUGAAGUCGACACAUUCCGUAAGUGUUCGGCUUCGAUAAUACGCGAGGGGCUUGGCUGAUAUAAACAUACAGAUCCUCCACAGAAGAUGUUUGCGAGUGAGUGACUUUUCUGCAGAGAAACUCAUUGCUUGUGUUGGAAACUAACAAUUGAUGCCAGAGCAUCCCAGUAAACCCCAUUUGGAUGGUAUGUAACCCUCGUUUUUCAAUGUCCACUUAUUCUAUCGAGAGAAGCUGAUCGCAUUUACGUCGCAGGCCUCCAGGAAUACCAAACCCUCUACAAAGAAUCCAUAACCGAACCCGAGAAGUUUUGGGGUCGAAUGGCACGCGAGCUUCUCACCUGGCAGCGGGACUUCCAGACGGUUCAUGCCGGUAGUUUCAUCAAUGGAGAUAAUUCGUGGUUCCUCGAGGGACAACUGAAUGCCUCGUACAACUGUGUAGACCGUCAUGCCAUCAAAAACCCCGACAAAGCAGCAAUCAUAUACGAGGCAGACGAGGUUGGAGAAGGACGAACACUUUCGUAUGGGGAACUUCUGCGAGAAGUCUGCAAAACCGCACACGUCUUGAAGCAGAUGGGCAUAAAAAAGGGAGAUACAGUUGCCAUAUACAUGCCUAUGAUUCCAGAGGCCCUCAUUGCAUUCCUUGCAUGCGCGAGAAUUGGUGCCGUACACUCCGUAGUAUUUGCGGGUUUCUCUGCCGACUCUUUACGUGAUCGUGUGAUAGAUGCCCAAUCCAGGGUGGUUAUUACCACCGACGAGGGUAAGAGAGGUGGGAAAUUAAUUGGUACCAAGAAAAUCGUCGACGAUGCGCUCAAACAAUGCCCAGAUGUCACGCAUUGUUUGGUCUAUAAACGCACUGGAGCCGGAGUUCCAUGGACCAAAGGAAGAGAUUGGUGGUGGCAUGAGGAAGUUCAAAAAUGGCCAGCCUACAUCGCCCCAGAACCAAUGAAUUCGGAAGACCCCCUCUUCUUGCUAUAUACUUCAGGUUCCACUGGAAAACCCAAAGGUGUCAUGCAUUCAACUGCUGGCUACUUGCUUGGAGCGGCUGCAACUGGCAAGUAUGUAUUUGACAUUCAUGAUGCGGAUAAAUUCUUUUGUGGUGGUGACGUUGGCUGGAUUACCGGACAUACUUAUGUGGUAUAUGCGCCUCUCCUGCUUGGUGUUGCAACUGUGGUUUUUGAGGGAACUCCAGCAUAUCCAAAUUUCUCAAGAUACUGGGAUGUCAUUGAGAAACAUGAAGUCACCCAAUUUUAUGUUGCUCCAACUGCCCUGAGACUUCUCAAGAGAGCUGGAGAUGAGCAUGUCAAAAACCAGAUGAAGCAUCUCAGAGUUUUGGGCUCUGUCGGGGAACCAAUUGCUGCAGAAGUUUGGAAAUGGUACUUUGAGACGGUUGGAAAGGAGGAAGCUCACGUUGUUGAUGUAAGCAAAUGGGUGACAUCAUUUGAGUUUGAGAGUUUGCUAAUUUUAUUAUAGACAUAUUGGCAAACCGAGACGGGAUCCCACGUCAUCACCCCUCUUGCCGGUGUUACCCCAACAAAACCUGGAAGCGCUUCACUUCCAUUCUUCGGUAUCGAGCCUGCGAUCAUUGAUCCAGUCUCUGGAGAAGAAAUCCACGGCAAUGAUGUUGAGGGUGUUUUGGCAUUCAAACAACCAUGGCCAAGUAUGGCACGGACUGUUUGGGGUGCACAUAAGAGGUAUAUGGAUACAUACCUGAAUGUCUACAAGGGAUACUACGUAAGUUGACUGCUCUGGCGACCGAAAUCAUCGCUAAUCUCGUUCUCAGUUCACCGGCGAUGGAGCAGGACGCGAUCACGAAGGAUACUAUUGGAUCCGAGGGCGAGUCGACGAUGUUGUCAAUGUUAGCGGGCAUCGUUUGUCAACAGCUGAAAUCGAAGCUGCCUUGAUUGAACACCACGCCGUUGCUGAAGCCGCGGUUGUCGGUAUCUCAGAUGAACUUACUGGGCAGGCCGUCAACGCAUUUGUUGCCAUCAAGGAUGGCAAUGAAGUCAAUGAUCAGCUCAAGAAAGACUUGAUCCUUCAGGUACGAAAGAGUAUUGGUCCUUUUGCUGCGCCAAAGGCUAUCUUCGUCGUGCCGGAUUUGCCCAAGACCAGAAGUGGGAAGAUCAUGCGCAGAAUCCUGCGGAAGAUUCUGGCGAGGGAGGAGGAUCAACUGGGUGAUACAUCUACUGUAAGUUUCAACUCCUUUCUAUAAGUUUGACUCGAAUGUGUGCUAACGGAAUAAUAAACAGCUCUCCGAUCCAAGCGUUGUGGAUAGAAUCAUCGAAACGGUAACCGCGUCGAGAAAGUAGCGAGGAGUUGUAGUCAUAUUACCCAGUAUCUUUGUUUUCGGAGAAAUUCCUUUUUUCCUUCUCUUCUUUUUUGGAUAUGGAGUAUUUAUGUUGAUGGGUUGGGCAAUGCGUUAAGCUAUAGGUAUGGUUACGUGUGUUUUUGCUGGGUAAAGUCCUGGGAAGGACUUGGUUUAUUACUCAUGCUUGGUCGUCUCACGUUCUUGGGGCCUUGGGUGGGUAUUUAUUGAUUGGAGAAGGUGAUGGAUGCCAUUGCUGGAUUUGAGUUAGUUAGUUGGUGGUGGGGAAGAGCGGAUUUGGCAGCGUAGCUUUGGUAGUGUAGGUAGUUCAGAAGAAUUUUGAUGGUAUGUUCUCUAUUUCUUUCUUCUUGCUUGAGCGAGAGGGUUCUUCUACUGUAUGUGUGAUGGCAUACCUGGUAUUUAUCUUCGAGUCCCUUGGGUCGAUAUCAGAUAGCGCCU